UACCUACCAAUAAUUUAAAUUUUACUUCUCUUCCUAACUACUUUUAAAAACUAAUUGACAUAGAAAGGUGAGGACUUUUAGUUAUUUCUCAACAGUCUCUCAUUAACUUUACCUAAUUAUUGUUUCAAGGAAAAGAACACAGAUAUGAUCAUCUUUUACAACUUUUUUACGAGGAGUAAAUCAUGUCAAACGAAUAACGAAGACCAACGUGAACUUCUUCCGGAAUAUAUAGUUUCCAAAUGCAAGAACUGAAGAUCACUGUAGAAUUGGUUCAACAACUCAAUCUUAAUGCUAACUGCAACAUCUUAAAAUGGUUCUUAAUUCCACUUCUUACUUGACCUUGUCUGAUUUUCACGUGGAGAACGCUGCAUGUUAGGAGCUUCUUGGAACACAACUGGGCCCACGAUUAUGCCUGUUUUGGUACGGAAGGAAGCCUGUUAUUAGCUUUCCGCCAAGAUAAAAUAUAAGAGGAAAAGCAACCGAAUCCAACCGUUUUAACCGCCUCAUAUCCCCCAUUACAAAAUACCCACUUUAACAAGCAAUGAAUUUGUGCUUUACUCAUUUUCUCAAACCUCUUUUAUGCUCUUUCUACAAUGGAAAUCCAUCUUAGCAGUCACUCACCCAUGUGCUCCUAUAUAACCUCUUUCUGAUUAACAGAAAAUGAAAGGCCUUUCAUUCACCCAAAAAACAUAGAUAGUGAUUAGCAUCAGCUAUGGAUGUGGAAUUUGGACUCAAGCUCACAAAAACCAUGGAUGAUCUUGCUUCUUUCGCCGACUUUCAGCUCGGAAAAGACCGAGCAGGUCCUGUCUUCUUGUCCAGAGAAGAUGUCAACAUGUUCAUCCUCACUGUCCAUCUCAGAGGUUUUAAGAAAGAGAACAUUAAUAUCAAGAUAAGUGAAGAUGGGACACAACUUACAGUUCAUGCAGAGAAGCAGGUGCAGCAAACGCUAAUUAUGGGUCGGAUGGGACACAAGAAAUGGACAGAACUCAAAGUGUUUAGGAAGGUUUUCAAGAUUCCUAAUGGGGUGGUUUUGGAUCUGAUCAAGGCGGAGUUCAAAGAAGAAGGAUCAAUCUUGACGAUCAUCAUGCCUAAAAAGGAAGAAGGAAUUCGUGGGGUUGGGAUUGAGGAAGUGAAGGAAGAAGAAGUUGGGAGAGCCACAGCAAAAUCAGAAAGGGAGUUAGUUGUAGCUAAUGAGUUCCCUGAAAGAGACAAGGUAGGAGUGAGAAUUCAGAAAGAAUAUGAAGUGCCCAAGAUUAAAACAAUAGAAGCUGAUCAUGUUGUAGAGAAGAAGACAGAUAGGUGGGGAUCAGAAAAGACAAAAACUGUCGAAGAGGUUCCCAGAAAAAAUAUUAUUGGAGAGAGAAUUCAUUGGCAAAAACCAGUAGCCGAGGAGUUCCCCCCUAAGAAAGAAUACAUGGGAAAAACACUACCGGAGAAAACUGAAGAGCCUAAGGUUGAAAGCACCGAAGAAACUGAUAGGGCUAUGAAAGAGUCACUUAAAAGAGAGAAAGAAACCCGAGAGUCUGCGAGUAAACUUGCAGAAGAAACUAAACAUCAAGAAGUGUCAACCAUAGAACCUAGGGUGGUUGAACCCAGGAAUGAGACUGAUACGCCACGGAAAGAGCUUCCCGCAUUGAUAGAGCAGCGAAAGAAACAGGAGAUUCCAGAGGUAGAGAAAGUAGAACAAAGAGGAUUGGAGGAAGAAAAGAGCAUAAAGGAUGAAGGUAGACAUAAAAUACCUCAAGAACCACAAAGGCAGGUGUCACAUACAGAUGUUACAGAUUCAACGAAAUCCAAAUCUGAUCAAGAACUAGAACGAGCAGCAACUCCACAGCUACACUAUCCUGUCGAACAGCAUGGCAAAAAUGAAGUUACAGAACGAGAAAAAUCUUCCAGUAUAGGAGACGAGAUUCUAGAAGCGAGUAACAAAAGAAGUUCUCAAGAGAAAGAAGGUGAAUCAUCCGAAGAAGAAAGACAGAAAGAUCUUGGUGAGGGAGCAGCUCGGGAGAAGAAGGUCGCUUCAAGAAGGUGUAAGCUCUUUGUUCCUUGUGUUGUCGCAGGAUCGGGCAUUCUCGUCUCUUUUAUAGCUCUUGUUAUUCACAGAGCUAAGAAAAGACAAGUAAAAAGUGCAUGAUUAAUCUUAAAAGCACAUCGGUUGGACUUAAUGUCUUAAUGUAGUGGGAACCACUUCAAAGCCAAAUUGACAAAUCUGAUCUCUUAUGCCUAUAUUGUUAAUCUGGUUUGCUGGUUUUAUGCCUUGUUCUAGAAAAUUGACCAAGUACUUGAUCAACUAAGUGUCUAUUCUUCUUUAGAUAUAUCUAUGAGAAGUCAGAAUCAAUGAUGUAUACCAAAUGCAAGCUGUUAUUUCAUAAGUAGACCCGAUUCAUACAGUUGG